CUCGGCGCAGUGACAUCAGUCCUCUCUGGUUUUCUCGGUAUGAAGAUUGCCACUUAUGCCAAUGCUAGAACCACUUUGGAGGCAAGGAGAGGUGUAGGAAAGGCCUUCAUCGUUGCAUUCAGGUCUGGUGCUGUGAUGGGUUUCCUUCUCGCUGCAAACGGUCUCUUGGUGCUUUACAUUACUAUCAAUCUCUUCAAGAUUUACUACGGUGAUGACUGGGAAGGCCUUUUUGAGUCUAUCACUGGUUAUGGCCUUGGUGGUUCUUCCAUGGCCCUCUUUGGUAGAGUUGGUGGUGGAAUCUACACUAAGGCUGCUGAUGUUGGUGCUGACCUUGUGGGCAAAGUAGAAAGGAAUAUUCCAGAAGACGAUCCUAGAAACCCAGCU